CAACCCCUAUUAAAGUUUCGUUUCGCGCGAUUUUCUUCCGAUGGACUGUGAGGAAUUUCAAUAACGGAAGAUAACAUAUCAGAUUUAAGAUUUUUUAAUAACAGCGUUUCGAAAUUACUUUUUCUGUAUUUGUAUUAAAAAUUUAUCACUUAAACACAUCGCAACAACAAUGGUGCCAACUAAGGUUUCAAGUUUAGUACUUCUACGGAAAUAUGGUUCAGUUCUCUUGGGCUAUAAAAAACGUGGGUUCGGUGCUGGGAAAUGGAAUGGUUUUGGAGGUAAACAAGAACAGGGAGAAACAAUGAUUGAAUGUGCAAGAAGGGAGUUGAUGGAGGAAGCUGGUGUAGCUGCUGUGGACUUGCAAAAAAUUGGCUAUUUGGAAUUUGAAUUUAUUGAAGAUCCUUUGAUAAUGCAUGUUCAUGUGUUUUCAUCCUCUUCAUUCACAGGAGAACCUCAAGAAAGUGAAGAAAUGCUCCCUAAAUGGUUUUCUGAGAAAGAAAUACCAUUUCAAGAAAUGUGGGCUGAUGAUAAAGAGUGGUUUCCUCUAUUUCUCAAAGGUUUGAAGUUUAAAGGAUAUUUUAAAUUUUCAGAUUUGGAAACGAUUGUAGAAAAAAAACUAUGUGAAGUAACAGAGAUUUGAUUUUUUAAAUGUAAACUAAGGAAUUGUUUUAUAUAA